CAAAAGUAAGCACAGUGCACCUUUGUCUGUCAGCACAGAUAGAAGGAGGAUCUCCUGGUGGUAAAACAGGUGAAUCCAGUUUAGUUGCCGAUACUGGCUAAUGCAAACUAAGGUGAGUCAUUCUGCAAGAUGAUACAGAAACACAGGAAGGUUUCCUUAAUGUGGUUUACAACAUGAGAUGUUUGAAGCCAUUCCAGAAAAAGGAAGGAUGCCGACAGAAGGUCUCUGCAUGUGUCAUUGCCUCUCUAGUUUUUUUAGAGGGACUAAUUGUAGUUUUUGUCAUAUAUCUGUGUCUUAGCUGGAAGGAUACUGUUGGAGAGAAAUCUCAAGCCCUGACCUCUAAGUUCAGUGGUGAGGAAUCAGCAGACUGCAGAACUACAGUUUCGGUUGUAAACGAUGAGGUCAUAGAACAAAUAUGGGAUUCUUGCAGUGCACAUUUUAGUAAAGCCUGGAAAACAUCAGAGCAAAACCCGAAAGAGCCUGCAGAAAAGUACAUGGAGAGAAUCCAUUCGCUGGCUUUAUACCUGUUCACACAGAGUGCACUGAAACAAGGCAAGGGAAACUCCGAUCCUGCAGAGAAAACUUUAAAACCAAGACAUACCUUUGAACCCGUCUCCCUUUAUUCCUCCCUUACUCAGGUGAUUCAGAUUUUAAAGCAGAAUCAGGUGAUAUGUCUGAGCACCAAAUACAGAACAGAAACUGUUUUAGAACCCAACAUCUCCACUGGUCAGGUUCGAUUUAGCACGUUUAUCUUAGGUUCAGAUAAGUGGAAUUUUGAUAGGAAAGGUUCAUGUUAUGAGAUCUACUCAUGCUUUGGAGCAAACGUAACAAAAUACUCUGCCCUUAAAGGACAUAGUCAAGUUCUAAUUCCUCCAUACGAGGUUUUUACAGUCACUGACAUCCAGAAACAAAAUAAUUCAUGUAAAGUCAGCUACAAACUCCAAAGCAAUCUGAACUGUGUUUAUGACAAAGAGCGCAACCAGUUGCAUUCCAUAUCUGCAUUACCUGUGGAGGGAUUCUGGCUCAUUUUUGUGAUCGUUUGCUUUAUACUUCUGUCCCUUAUACUACUUUGUGUUAUUGUGAAACUUUACCAUAGGAUGACCUUAUCUCACAGAAUUCAUUUGCCUUUGUCUAACAUUAUCCAAUCACAUUAUGGCCUGUAAUGUUGCUGAUGUGCAAAACAAUGUAAAAAGACGGAAAAUUUACCAAAAAAGUCGUAAAUCUUUCUCCUCACUUAGAUCCAAUCUUAAAAUUGGAGAUUCUAUGUGAUAUACAAAGAAAGCAUAGCUCUGAUUAAGGAACUGCAUGAUUUUUACACAUAGAUGUUCUAACUUGUUUGCUAAUAAAAAUCUACAAGUGUUAUUUGCAUGUGUUAGUCUGCUGAUUUAGAAAUAUACAACAUGACUUUGAAGCAGUUG